AUGGAGAGAGUAAGGAAUUGCUCAGAGGUGGAUGGACUUGUUAUGUUAAACCAAGACAGUCCCAGUUAUCCUGAAGAGUAUAAAAUACAGGAGCGACCAGUGUCCAGUGAUCUUCAUCCUGGACACACCUGCUCUUUGGCUUCAGCCACUGAGACAUUAUCUAGUGUAUUAUCCUCAUCUCUCGUAUCUACAGUUGUUGUUUCCUCUUCUUCUCUGACCAUGUCUGAAAAUUUCCAAAAUCCAUCUUUACUUGGAACUUCACAUUCUCUGCAGUUCUCUGUUCCUGUGGUGAGCCAUGCAGCUUCUUCCUUAACAGGAAGAGUCUGCGAUUUCUCCAGAGUCUCUGCUCCCACUGCCAGUUCGACAUGGCUGCUGCCAUCAGCCUCUGGCACCUCUUUCCAGCCACUCAUGGGGACUGCCUACCUUUACCAACAUUCCAGCACGACUAUGUUGUCUGCAGUUACCAGCCAGCGCCAGAUCUCCACUUCAGUUGGAGACUUCACUAUGACUGUCACUAACCAGAACACAGCCAUGUGUAUGGCAACUCAGUAUGCUCAGACUUUGUAUGCCAGUUACAUGGUCCCUGUGUAUCCAUCACUUUCUGGGAGGCUUGUUCAGGGAACAACAUCCCAGAUGCUAAAUCAGGGACAUAGUCUGUCACAUCCUUACCAGCAAGGGAGCCAGAUAUAUUAUUACAAUCAAGGCACAAUGGGGACUCUGCGAUCUGGAGAACUUGUCCCCUGCUGGCAAUCCUAUGGCUCUGUGACAAAUAUAGGAAGUAGGGCCUCUGCCCCUCAACCAGAAAUGACGGUACUGCAGGAGAUUCAGCCCGCAGGUACCCAACCACCAGUCUCCACAUCUGGAAUUUACUACUACGUGUCUGCUCAAACCAUCACAGAAACACGUUUUCAAGGUGAGUGCAAACAGCAAGUAUGGAGAGGAAUAAGGUCAGCAUUCAAAAGAAAGUGCUCUUCAUUUCCAGACCUAAUGGAGGUGGGAAGGCAGGACACUGUGACGGCCAUCUAUGCCACAUGCACACAGAGCGCGCCAAGGGAUACCAUGCUUCUCACGGCCCUAGCUCAUCAGUCCCCCUGCACACUCCCACACUGGAUGCAGACUUCCUGGGGUUUGCAGCCUCCAAACCAGACAUUUUGUCUGCCACAACAUCCACACAGCCAGACACUUGAGAGUAACCCACCACCUGAGGUUGGGGGCAUUUCAGUGACAGCUUCAGUGCAGAGCUCUGGUAAUCCCUUGGCACUUCCUCCAGCUAAAAAUCAGGAAAAAACAAAGAAUAACAGUUUGGAGAAUAGUAAAAAAAAGCUUUUGAAGCCUCUGGAUGCCUCCCAGAUCCCAGUAGAAAACCAAGAUGAUGUACUGCUCCCUAUACACAUCCCUGAUACUCACCAUCUCCAGGCCUGCACUGAUCCCUUCAACCAAGAGAAGCAGCCUCGUUCUGAAAACAUUGAUCUGGGGAAGAACAGCCUGAGCCUUGAGGACCAAACCACACUUGGUAAUGAGAAUGAAUUGAGCAGCAGUUUUGCAAACAUUGCUGCCCCAGUGGGAGACAGGCACCUUCAUCAGCUCUUCAGUUCCUUGAAAAACGUUAUUCAGUCCAAAGGUCCCAAGGUGAACAAAACCCAAGAUACCAGCGCCACCGAAUUAAACCAGGUGCAGAAAAGGUCAUGUGCAACAAAGAGGUCCUUUGGUCAAGCAAGGAAGAACAGUCAUGAAGCCUCUGAGCCUCUCAGUGGUGUUCCAGAGGCACCAGAGGGAGACUUGAGUAUCUGCAAUGUUGCAGAUGCUGAUGAGGCUCCUGUGAACAAGUCCAAGCGUUCUAGAUGUAAAUCUCCAAUAACUGCAUCAAGGAGGACCAGAAAAACUAGGAGCUGUGCACAAGAGAAGACCACAAGAACCAGAAAAAGGAACUCCAAGAAAGCUGAAGAGGGAGAGCAGUCUGGAAACAAAGUCACAGCAGAAGAAAAGCCAACCAUUCGCAGGAUGAAGCGAAAGAAAAAUGAACCCGAGCUCAGCCAAGAGAAUCUUAAAAAACCUCUAAGCAGGCUAGGCAUGCACAUGCCGGAGUCUGUGCAGGUUUUUCAUGCACUGGGGAAGAAGUUUGAUAAGAAACCUGGAUUCUCUUCUUCCCCGAACUUGGGAAAUUCAAGGAACCCCAAAGACCCCCAGGCACCCCUGGCCACCAAACCAUGGCUGAAUACUCUAUGUGAGGGGAAAAGACUUCAGAAAACUCAUGUCAAUGCCCAGAAACCAGACGUCAGUGUCAAAAAAGAGUAUCCAUCUCCAUCUCAGAGUGAACUGCCACCUCCUGGGAAGCUCAAAUUCAUGCCUUUGCCUUUUCUGAUGGGGGAAAGGUCACUAGUUUGCCAAGUUCCUUGUAGGCAAUGGUCUCCAGCCUCAGACCAGCCAGCUUUGGCUUCCUCUACCCAGCCUGGCUCUACAAAUGCAGCUCAGUCUACUGCAGUCGAUUCAUCCCAGCAAGCUCCUGCAUCUUUAACAGAUCUUGCCUGCUCAUCUCUGGGUCCAGUCUCGACCAACUCAACCCAACCAGACCUGACCAAGUCUACCCAGCCUAGUGUCACCCAGUCCGCUGCUUCUAGACCUGUACUCUACAGAACAUCACUUUGCACUUCUCUCCAGCAGGAGCCCAUUCCCACUGCUGUGCCCCAGAACCAGCCUCCACCCAAGCCUAAAAGCCCGUACGUAAACCGAGAGGUCUACUUCUUCAUACCACGUCCAUGGAGGAUAUCUGAAAUUCUUGGGCCAGAAGUGUCAGAGCCCAUCACAGAAGAGCAGAGGCCAGAGCGGGAGGCUAUGAAGAGGCAGGCUCAACAAGAGCGUGAGAAUGCUGCCAAAUACACCUCCUUGGGGAAAAUACAGUUUUUCAUUGAAAGGGAAAAGGAAAUGGAAAUUGCUGACUCAUAUGGCUAUAUAAUAAUCUACUUUGAGGAGAGCAGUGAAAGCGUCACAGCCUCCCAGGAAGUGGCGCGAGGGCCACCCUCGGUGGCAGCGUUCAGGCAGCUAUCGAGGCCCGGGAGCUGCAAGCGGGACGGGCCCGCACUGGGCCGAGGAGGCUCACCUUUUGGGGGCGUGGCUUCCACCCUUCCUCUCCCCGGAGGGCUGUCUGGAAAAGACGCCUCUCUGGCCCCAACGGUAGUGGGCAGGAUGCCAUUGGCUCAUCUGGGCCCCAAGACGCCGUCCACCCAGCACCAAGAGCCCCAAAGCCGCCAGUCCGGCUCCCUCUAA